AAAAACUAAUUUUGAAUUUCCCCUAAAACGUCAAUAUACGUAAACGUCGUAAAGACACAUGGUGUCACGUGUUCGAUGGUAAACACGAAAUCGAGUUAUUUUCUAAUGAAAAUCGAGGACUGAGGAAUUCCGAUUCGUCAUGUUAAAUUUCCAAUACGUCAUGUAAUAAUUCUUAUAACGAAUUUCUAUUUCUGGAAAAGUAUUCCAUUUCUUUCUAUUGAUAAUUGUUGGAUGUUUUGCUUUCAAGAAAGCGUGUAUUUUUUCCCUUCGAAAUGCUGGAACGAUAUAUGUGGAUGGGUGAACCAGGUGUUUUAGUGGGAGACUUAGGAAGUAACCUUGCUGGUCAAGGUGAAUUAUCACUUGAACAUAAUACUAUAUCAACUGCCAAUGGUGUUUCAUCAUGUGGUGCUGUGUACACUAUAUGUUGCAGUCCUGCAAUGGGAAUGAACGAUGGACAUUCAAUUCCACCUGUUUCAUCAUCUUUGCAGAUGAACAAUGUACAGAAUUUAACAUUAUCUAGUCAAAAUAUGCAAAAUGGACAAAUUGGCUUGAAUCAUUCACCUUACACUCUAGAAACAUUACAUUCACAGAAUAUUUGUCAUA